AUGGAUAAUUCAAAUCUGCCUGGGCAGAUGAAUCGACAGAUUGAUCAUUUGGGUGUGAACAAGAUGGGAAAAAACAUUAAGAAGAGUCCUUUACACCAGCCCAACUUUUCUGGCGCUGCUAGGCAACAGCCUCAACCACAGGUCUACAAUAUUAACAAGAAUGAUUUCCGUAAUAUAGUUCAGCAGCUCACUGGAUCGCCUUCUCACGAACCUCCACCUAGACCUCCCCAAAACCCUCCCAAACCUGCAAGUAACCGAUUACAGAGAAUUCGGCCUCCUCCUUUGGCACAAAUGAAUCGACCUCGAAUCCCAAUUCAUCCUCCUAUGCCGAUGCCAAUGCCUGCACCAGCACACCCUGUAGGGCAGCUUCCUAACAACUUUGCAAGACCUCCUCCUCCUCCAGCCCAGUAUGGCCAACCUUCACCACCUGUGUUCCCACCACCAUUGACUCCUACUGAUGUUUGGGCGAAUACAGCUGAAUCUCCUAUAUCAGCUUAUAUGCGCUACCUGCAAAAUUCAAUUGUCGAUCCAGGUUUCCGACAACCCCAGCCUCAAUAUCAACCUCCCUUGCAACAUCAUGUUCCUGGUCAAAAUCUAGCUCAGCCACCGGGUUCUGGUUUGCUUCCUAAUCCUACCAUGCAACUGGUCCCAUCUCCAAGAAUGAAUGGUCGUCCAUUCCUUCCUCCGUCACCUCGCAUGAAUGGUCCCUUACCCCCUCUUCCUUCCCCUCGGAUGAAUGGCCCUCCUCCCCUUUUACCGUCUCCUACUUCUCAGUUCCUUUUACCUUCACCAACUGGCUUCUUGAAUUUGUUUUCUCCUCGAUCACCUUAUCCAUUACUUUCUCCAGGGUAUCAGCAUCCUCCUGCACUGACUCCUAAUUUCUCAUUUUCUUCUGUGCCCCAAUCUGGAAUUUUAGGUCCUGGACCUCAGCUACCUCCUCCUCCUGGUUAUGGGUUUCCUUUGUCACCUUCAGGGUUUUUCCCUCUACUAAGUCCUAGAUGGAGGGAUGAAUAUUCCUAA